AUGUAUCUUGAUAUUCUUCCAGUAAAUAGUGAUUCCUCUGAGGGUAAAUGUGGUUAUCAGGAUGUUUUGAACUACCUCAACCUGACCAAAAAUAAUGAUCUGUACACCAUGGCCCGCCCUGUUAUAAACUACACAACGACUACAAAUGUAUACCUCCAAAUGCUGGUCCAUAGCAUCCUAGAUGUGAAGGAGACUGACCAGACUUUUGUUCCUUACAUUUGGAUUUAUAUGGCGUGGCAAAAUGAACACAUUUACUGGAAACCAGAGGACUUUUGUGGGCUUAGUAGUAUGUCAGUUCCUAUUGAUAGAUUGUGGAGGCCUGAUAUAACUAUUGAAGAGAUGACAGAAAUGGAUAAAGCUCCCCCAAGUCCUUAUAUCAGAAUAUUUUGGAACGGUUGGGUUGUACGUCUGAAUGAUAUGGUUCUGGUCAGCACAUGCAAGAUGCAAGUUUACAAAUUCCCUUUCGACAUUCAGAGCUGCAACAUAUCUUUCAAAUCUGCCAUACACCACGUUUCACAGAUCUCCAUGAAGAGACGGUCCCUCCUCUACGUUGUCAAUUUCUUGUUGCCUGUCCUGUUCUUCUUGUGUCUGGACUUGUCCUCCUUCCUGAUCUCAGACAGAGGGGGCGAAAAGCUCAGCUUCAAGGUCACUGUGCUGCUUGCUGUCACUGUGUUACAACUUAUUCUGAAUGAAAUUCUGCCUUCCUCAUCAAACAGGAUUCCACUUAUAGCAACCUACUGUAUUGGGAGUUUUGCAUUGAUGAUGCUCAGCCUCCUGGAGACGAUUUUGGUGAUGCAUCUGAUGGAGAAAGACUCUGCAUCCCAAGACGAGGCAAACAAAGACCAAAGCCUGAGUGAGGACUGUGGGGACAAACGAGGCAAAGUCACCUUCCACAAUUGUUGUAGAGGUGAGAUUAAGAAAUGGACUCACUGUGUGUCUGUCUGUGAUGUGUCUACUGGUGAAACUCCAUCUGGACUGCUGUCAGUGGCCAAAGAGGUUAGAAUUAUUAAUAUGGGCAGCAGCAGCAAACUAAUGGAGGACUUCCAUGCCUUGGAGAAGCUCUCAGAUGACCUUAGGCAGGUGGAGAAAACGCUGACUGUGCUUCUCAACAGCAGGAAGGAAGAAGGGAAACCUGGCUACUGGACCAGAGUGGCUAAAAUAAUCAACAAAGUCUUUUUCUUUGUCUAUGUCACAGUGGCCAGUCUGUUUUUAGUUUGUAUCUUUUUAAAAUGGAUCUAUGCAGCAGACGAGUAGUGCUAAAGUUUAAAAACAUGAUUAAGUGUAAGCAGAGGUGGGUAUAAGUUAGAUUUACACCGUUACAUGUACCCAAGUAACUUUUUUGAGUAAAUUGUUGUUGUCAGAGUAGUUUUAAUGUAUCAUACUUAUACUCUUAAUUUUUUAUCCUUACUACAUGCAUCCACUUGUGCACGUGCAGCUAGCGCUGUCUCAUCCCAGGGCAUCCAAUACCAAUACUUUGUCAGACUUUCUCAAAGCAUCGGUAUUUGACGCCCUGUGCUGACUCUGAGCUGACAGAGAUCAGUGUCUGUUGUGUUAAUGCUAAUAUGUUUAUUAAUAAAUAGCUACACACAGUUUAAAAACUCUUAAAAACUCUUCCUGCUUUCUGCCUUAAUGUAAAUAUUCAAGCUAACAGUUUACAAGCAGUCU